GGCACAACAACUCUUUACUGCUUCCAGAAGCGUGCGCUUCGACCACCAGCCCAAGAUGAACAAGAUUCGCGCAAUACAGGAGCUCAAUAAGAAGGAGAUCGAGCAGGGAAUCUCUCCAAAUGCCUCCUGGCACGUCGACUACCGCGACACCGCCUUCAUCUACUUCGGUGGCCUCCCCUACGAACUUUCCGAGGGCGACAUCAUCACUAUCUUCUCGCAGUACGGCGAGCCCGUCUUCCUCAAGCUCGCCCGCGACCGCGAGACCGGAAAGAGCCGUGGAUUUGGCUGGCUCAAGUACGAGGACCAGCGUAGCACCGACCUCGCCGUCGACAACCUAGGCGGCGCGACGAUCGGCGGACGUAUGGUGAGUGUGGACCAUACGCGGUACAAGAUGAGAGAUGACGAGGAUUGGGAGGAGGGAAAGAUCGGGUGGGAAGAUAUCCAACGGCGGGAGAAAGAGGCCCGGGAGGACGCCAAGGCCAGCGACACGGAGAUGGGGAGCGGGACGGAUACGGAGGAGGAGAUCAGGAGGGCUCGGCCUAUGUUGAAGGAAGAGAGGGAGCUGCAGCUUUUGAUAGAGGGGCACGAUGACGAUGACCCGAUGAAAGAAUUUCUGAUCGAGGAGAAGAAGAAAGAGGUCGACGAGGCGCUGCGCAGAGAGCGCAAGAGGGAGGAGCGUGAAAAGAAGCACAAGAGCCGGCUGAUGAAGAUGAGGAGGAAGGGCGUAGGCAGAGGAGAAGGCGAGCCGAAGAUGAUGGACGCAGAGAGAGGUCAAGAAGGGAUGAGCACAACGAGGAUAGUGACCGUCAGGCAAGGCGGCGGCGGGAUUCUCGAGAUCGUGAAAGCAGACGGGAUGAUGACAGACGGAGAAAUAGGGACCGCGAUUCAGAUCGUCGACGACGUGAACGUGAGCAGUCUGAAGACUACCACAGUCGCAAACAUCAAGACUCCGACCUAGACCGCAGAAGUCGUCGGCACAGAAGUCGAUCACCAUGAGCCAGACUCACAAGAAGCACCAGACAGAAAAUCAAUUGAUACGAUACCCUUGGAACAAGAGAUGCAUAUUUGCCAUC